GGUAGAUGUGUUAGUCAACUUAUAUUUUGCAUCCCUCUCUUUCCUAGAUCGUGACUUAUCCAGAGGAUGACAUUGAUUUUGUGUUCGUCAGUUUCGAACUAACCCCAAGGACUAACAAAUCAAUGGAGAGUUCCUAAGCGAACCGUCACCGGGCAAACCCCACUUCCACGUAAUUCUUUUCGAUCAAUCUGUCCUGUUGGGAUAUUCCUGGAUUACUUCCCUUGGACCAUUCUUUGCAGCGGACGACACAACAAAAUGAAGUGUUGAUGUACUAAGAAGACUCACUUCAUCAGCUGAACUGUUACCUACAUACAUACAACUGUACUGAAGACUUAAAUAUUUUUCCUUUUCGCCCAAUUUUUCAACUUUCGUAGAGUGUGACGUGUUCAUCGAUAGAAAAACAUCACCAAAUCACUCGCCAAGCUUGUAUCAACCUCUCAGACGUGGGUGCUCUCUUAUGUAGAGAAAACUGAAAACAGUGUAUCUAUAAAUGUAGAAGCUGGAUGAGCCACCUGCUCUGUAAGUCCUGUGAGAAUAAAGCUCAUUUGGCUGCAUCUGCAGAAGAAGAUGGAAAAAUAACCCGGAAAAAUCCGAGCGUGAAAAACAAAAACACGCGACAUUAUGUCAGUCUUCAGACCAGCAUUUGACUCGCAGGAACUGUCCCAAGCCUUGUUUUGAUCAUCAUGACAUUGUCGUCUAAUAGGUGUGAAAAUGUGAGCUGAGGUACGAUGGCAAAGGUCAUUUUCUUUUGGUUGUGUACUUCACAAACAGACAGGGGAGUAUGAGAUACCGAGGAGUAAACAGCAUGGUAUAAGGAGCCUAUGCAUUCCAAAUGAUAACGUUGCAUUCCAAAUUAAAACGUUGCAUUCCAAAUUAAAACGUUGCAUUCCAAAUAUAAACGUACAGCUACUUUUGGCUCGAUUCACUGAAUUCAAGGACGUGCUGUGGGCAUCCAAACUGACAUUUUUGUACCGGAACGCAUGGGGAAAUAGUGCUUUAUCUUAAGCUGGAUGAUGCCGAUACCUGUGCAUAUUUGCAUUUCAUGACUACACGCGAAAGACUGACUCGGCGUAUUUAGAUCAAGAUGCGGUGACGUUCUUUUCAGUCGAUGGGUCCAGAAAUGCGUAUGACAUGACCUUCCUUUCUUUCGAUAUCUUGUCGUAGUUCGAGGGCGGUGCACGAUUCUGUCAAGUGCGGCUUCUCAGAUAAAGUCAGUUUGCCCAGAGAGAGAAGUGUAAAUAUAAUCUCUACUUCUUGCGUCGCACUUUGGCAGCCCCUGUGUGUUACUAUCUUGAGGUUUAUCUCAGCUAUUGCGUUGUCGGUGUGUGUACUUCAAGGCUGGUCACGUUCCCUUUACAUACAUACACACACAAGCAAACACACACAUACACACAGACAUACAUACACAUAGACAGACAGACAUCCACACAGACACACAGACAAACAUACAUACGCCUUCUGUAGGCAGUUACACAAACUCACGCAACGCACCUUGGCGAUAGAAACACACCCACACGGACAAACACACACACACACACACACACACACACACACACACACACACACACACACGCGCGCACACACACACACGCACGCACACACACAUACGCUUUCACAAACCCUCUUAUUUCAAGCAUGUGGUUUCGUGCUUGAACUGAUAACGUAACUCAUUUCUCGGGAACAGCCCAAAGUUCGGAAGGGGCAGAUAGCACGAUGGACCGCUGGUUGCCCAAAGGCAGUCCGGCACCAGCGCCGCCGGGGGAUGGGGCUUUCGAAAGAUUUCUCACAGCGGCCAUUGCCACCAUCAUCACCAUCAUGUUUUCCUGGAGACUUCUCGACAAAGAUCAAAUCGAAGACAGCAGGACUGGGAGUGAGAGUGAGGAGAGACGGAGACGAUUAGGCGCUCAUUCAUCAUCGCCAUUAUCGGCGUAUCAUAAUUUGUCGGCGCAACUUUCGGCGUUGUCAUCGCCUUCUUCUCGGGGUGCUUCUGCGGAUGGGAACCCACAACAGCACACUUCGACUUUCCAUCAAGGGCAAUUAACCCAAAGUUCACCGGGUAUUUUCUCUCAUCGCGUUGCUUCCCUUGGAAACAGCUCCUCUCGCACGAGCAUAGCAACAGGCGGUGUUGGGUACCGCAUGACCACCCUCAAACCGCUCAUCAGAGUGCCCGUGGAUCUUCCUCUGGACGGAGACGACGAUAAUGAUGAUGAUGACGACAACAACAACAUUAUGGACGACAUAAACAACAAUGAAGGUCAGUUAGAAAUCAGCCUCGAUUCUGAUCGACCUCGACCGCCGAGCUCUGCUAAAAAUAGCUCCGUGUGGGAUUUCCCGGGAAUUCCCCGCUACUCAUCGUCGGGUGGUGGGAUUUCUCGUGCGACGUACCGCGAUAUCGAGGCUGCUAGUACAACAGCUGUGACUGAUGCUACCUCUGACGAUGCUUUCGCGGUGAGUGAGGCUGCCGCCGUGGUGGGGAGUGGCUGUUCAUCGAUCGAAAAAGACGGGGACACCACAGCCACAGGCUCGCCAGGUGUUUCCAAGGUAGGGGCAGGCUCUAAACUUACAACAAUACAACACGCGACAGAACGAGCGGUUGUAGAAGGGGAAGUAGGGGAGGAAGAUCGAUUGAAUCACCGCCCCGCCCACCACUCUUCGUCCAUUUCUGAUUCAUUCGGAGACCAAAUCGUUUCUGGGACGGAUAGUGUUGACGCAACUCGUUGCAGCAGUAGCGAGUUUGGUACCCCCCACGGCCUGUCCCCGCAUGCAGCAACAACAACAGAGAGCGGAGGGCAGUCUGGGACGGACGGUGUCAAUAUAUCUAACGAAGCAGUGAACUCCAGCGGAGAGGACAUUCCUGCAGUGGAAGGGAACAGUGACUUGUUUUUGAAUCUGUCUGCCUCCACGGACAGCAGCAGCGGCUGUGGGGACAACAACAGCGACAGGAACAGCAACAGCAACAGCAACAGCAGGGAGUAUCGAUACCUCCUAGACGACGAGAACUACCAACCGUUUCCUCUUCGACACAUCGAUGAUCAGAUACGAGUAGUCGAUUACUCGGCUCAACAUUCUGAAGAAGAGGAAACAGUUGACGAGGACGAUUUUCGUCCCUCACACUACUCGUCCUUUCGACCUCGUUCCUCCUCCGAUGACGACGACGAAUACCGCUUCGACGAUUUCGAUGACGAUGAUGUCCAACCUAGGGAACUGGACUCUGACGAAGAACUCUUCUGCUGCUCCGUUCUGGAGCCGAUAAUGGAAGAGGAUUCGGAUGAUAUGACCACGUCCAGUGAAGGUGAAAGCACCAACAGUAACAACAGUCGAAGCGAGGCCGCAUUUUAUUCCCAUUUAGGCAGCAAAGACCAAGGGCGGGAAAUAGAAUACGACUUGGAGUACGAGGAACGAAAGAGGGGGGUAACUCUGGAGACUCACUUUAAAACUUCAGCGAGUGACGAAGAGAAAAACACUUCAGCUGACGGCGGCGCCACCUCCCGUUCGAAUUCGGGUGUGUUCUCGUCUGUUUUGAACAGCCGUCCGCUCGUAGUGCCAUCUCCGCGUGUGCCUUUGCAAGCUCAGGGUUUGACGAUAAACCGCCACCAACACCACCACCAUCUGCCUACGCAAAUCUUCACUGACCUAGAUACCGGAGUGUCGACCGUAAGAUUAGCAGACGUGAACGACCCACGGGUUGGAGUUGCUAAACCGGAUUACGACGAAACACACGAGAGAGGAGACCGUUGUAGUGACGAGGAAGAAGAGAACAACGACCUGGUUAGUUGCGAACCUGUGAGGCUACUUUCACAAGUAGGCUCAAGCCGUGUUGACUGUGUUCUACCUGGUGUGUCGUCGCCUUCCGCCGCACUCAGUCGUGCCAGCUGUAGUAACAGCGGUGAACUUUUGAACCUUCAAAAACGCGACCAUAAAACCAGUGAUGACAAUGAUCAGGUCGGCGAUAAAGUUCCCGUGUUAAAGCGAGAUCGGUUUGAUUCGGACGAGGAGUACUUUGAAUACGUGCGGCAGUUCGGCAGUAGUGUCGACGGUUCCCCUCCGCUGAGUGAAAGAAGUGUCAGCGAAGAAGAAAAACAUGCAACUACACACGACGUGCAGGGUGGCAUAUCUGAAAUAACUCGCCGCGCCGGCGACACGGGUGGAUUCAGUAGCAGUGAGUGCGACGAACAAGAAUCAGCAGAGCGCAGCAGCAACAGCAGCACAAGUGGUGACGACAGCAGUGGUUUUGGUGUGGUCGCAGGUGGUGGUUAUUCUUUCGGCGUCAAACCUGCGCCUCUCGUUCGAGCAGACAGCUUCGCGAAGGCAUUUUCGACCAGAGUUGAAGUGGACGAGAGUAACUCGGAGAGUGACGAGUCUGUUCAAACAGUCAUAACUCGCCGCUCCUCAGGAGACAGUUCGACAGGUACCGGUGGGGAGACAGCGAGUCCGGUCAGAGGUCAGGCAGGGUACAGUCCGGCCGUCUCGCUCCGGCCCAGUCCCGUGAAAGGAAAAAGGCCUGUGAGUGAUGGAUACGCUUACACUGCGAAAGUUCCGAAAACAGAAGAGGAGGCGUUCUAUCGUGAUCGUAUUGUGAGUGAAGGAGGGGGCAACGCGUUCGGAGAGGAGAGGGGAGGCCACGAUUCAGAGCGCGGUCACAACAAGGAUGAUAAUGACGACAACUUUGACUAUGUGGAUAAUUCUAACUACGACCUGAAAGCGUACAAAUCGUACGCGGCGUUAGAUUCAGGAAGUCUGUGCAGUGGUUCUCCUGUUGAUAAACAAAACAUUCAGAUUCAGUACGAGAGUGAUGAAGACAUUCUUUCGGUGACAGUCGCAGAUAACAGGCGCGGUGACCCCGAAAGUUCAACCGACAUCUCAACUGUUGUAGGUAGUACUAGCCCCAGACCACGUGAUAUAAACAAACAGUCGGCGCAUUCCGAGGUCGGGCGGUCGGGUUACGAAGAAGACUAUCGCGGAAGUGCGGCGCAGGAUGUUGAGCGUUCUGAGGGCUAUUUCAAGCCAAAUAACAGUAGGGAACUGGAGGAAGAAGCUUUUGACAGUAGUGGUGACACUAAAUUCUCGGACACAUAUGUGAGAACUUUAUCGGAUAGCGGUGUUGUGAGAAACCCUGACAACUUUGACUUUGUGUAUUCUGACUUUAACGAGGAUAAUACUGAUAGCAAGAAGGAUAUCGUGAUGGAACGUGAGUAUUAUGGGGCCUCGGAGGGAGGAGGAGGGGGAGAUGGAGGAGGGAAUGACCAAACGGGGAGGAGUAAUGAACCCCAGGAGGAUUCGGAUUCGGAGGAGUGGGAGGAAAGCAUUACAGAGACAUUUGUCGUGCCUCUUACUCCAGAGAGGACUAUUUUGAGGACUUUGGAGAAUGUAAAAGCUUUACUAGAUCGGAGGCCGGGUGAGCGAGGGGGCGGCUCUGAACUCGUGCCCAGAGAAGAAGAUGAGGAUGAGAUGGGUGAGGAUUAUGAUAACGAAGCGACGAGCACGUGUAAGACCAGCAUGAUCGAAGUGGAGGGUCGCGACGUGCUGGGAUUUUUGGGUAACCAAGACGUUACGAGCGGUGCGAGAGCAGAGAGGAAUGCGCUUGACAGGAUGGAUUUGGAUGUAAGAUCAAAAAUGGGUUUCCAGCUGAAUCUGGACGAGUUUAAAGUGAAUGAGUAUACCACUGACUCUGGUUUUCCCAUUGUGAGAUAUAUUGAAAAGGAACGAGUUUUUGUGGAAGAGCACGGCGAUGAUGGGAUGGCUGAUGAUGAGGAUGAGGAGGAAGAGGAAGAGGAAGAAAGAGGUGCACACCAAUUUGAUGACAGGGGAGAGCCAGGUCACCUCGCUUUGUAUGGAAAGAACGAUAAAAUGGGUGAUGAUGAGGAGGACACUGAUGACGACGAGGAAGAAGAUGAUGGAGAAGAUGCAGAGGAUGGUAAUACAGGCAUUCCAAUGGAUCAGGAUUAUGUUGAGAACCGGAGAAGCCAACCUUAUGCUGAGAUACACAAGGAAAGCUUGCCGCCACACACUGGGAGGGUUGAUUUCAAGAGUAUGCAACUUCCUCAACAAGUGGUGCCCUCGCCAAACCAACGGUUGUCUGCCACAGCUAGACUCAGACCUCGUGGACCAGGAGACCAGUAUGUUCCCGACGAGUACGAAGAAAUAAGGUCACCCACAGUCGCAUACGCACAAAUGCCUUACUCAGAACAAACUCUGAAACCAGAUGAGGUUCUGCCUAGACCUAGAGGUCCCAUCAGCGUAGAGAGCUUCGCUCUACUUCCCACCGGGGGAGAGAGAAAACUUGAGGUCGAACCUAUGGACAGUGUUCUCACAAAAGAACCAGAGGUUGAGCUCAGGACAACAACAUCCCAGUCUCGUCCUCUGCAAAACCUGUACAAAUACGAGUCUUCAGAUUCCGACACUCGUGGCCCGCCCGUCGUGGACGACUUCGACAGUUUCCUCAGUGGGAUACCCGCGAGCAGCGAGCCGGCAGGUGAAGAGGCUUACCAAGAUUUUGUCAGGCAUAUCUCUGAGCGUGACGACUCUCCUGACACACUGAGCCCCCCAAAAGGUGUAACGAGUGUGCCGACUCCACUGGCUACUGGAAUACUCAGUGGCAACCUGGCAUCUCCUUACGCCAUGCCAGACGUAUUUGUCUUCCCAAAAGAUGGUCAAGUUUCUGAAGGUGCUCCCCCACACUCCUCCCCGUCUUAUGAAGCCCACAAAAGAAAUGUUGACGAGAUGACAAGGGAAGAAAGCGAGGAGAUAGAAUAUAAAGAAUCAGAACGUAAAGGUGAAGGCGACGAAGAAGAGGGUGACGGAGACCAUCUUUCGAAAAAGCCAAAGCUUCACAGAACUUCAACGGCUACAGACGAAGAGGAGCUGCUUGGAUUCCGAGCCGCAAUGAGGAGGUCUUCGUCUCACUCCUUAUACGACGACUCGAGUAAUGUUCUGAACCGGUCGUUCGAGGAGACAUCGAGUUUUGGUCUAGAGAGGUACGACUCCGAGCCUGGCUUGAGUCGGAGUAGGAGCAAAGAAGGCCUCAGUCUGAGUCGGACCCCCGAGGGUCUCACGGAGUCACCCCGAGAGGGAAGGCUCUCAGCCCCAGAGUCGCCGACCAAGAUGUUUUCAUCGCCUCGACUCAACACCGUGUCCGCCGAACCACGUUUAGACGUUGUCAUGGAAACGUCUCCCACCGUGCGGGACGCUCCCAGGUCGAGCAGUUCCGGUUCAUCGACCGCUGCCCCGGUCACACCGACUGUUGUGGAUUUACAGCAGAGUCCUGUGCUCACAAGUCCACCCGCUGUCUUCAGUUCUCCUCACAGGAGCCUCAACUUAAAACCAAGCACUCUUGCAAGCAGUACGGCGUCAGUGCCUGGCCCUGGUGCUUCUAAAAGUGCCAAGAUGGAGGAGAGCCCCGUCAUUUCUCCACCCUCUAGACCAGAACUUCAAAAGAGCCCUGUUAUUUCCGCUCCUUCUAAACCAGAAUCAGCUAGCAGACAAAUUGCGAAAAUGCCCGAGGAGGCCUCCGUUGUGGCCAACCCCCCAGCGUCACGCCCCGGACCAUCCAGCCUUCCACUGAUAGUGGACAUGAAGCAGUCUUUCUCUAGCACAGACCACAAGACUCGAACGAUCGUUGGGAUGGAUGAAAGCCCGGUUCUGUCAUCGCCCCCUUCAUCCGUUUCCAGUCCCGUUCGACUUCAACCAGUGGAGAUUACACAGAGCCCCACGAUAGCACCACCACCGAGGCAGGUUUCAAAGCCAGUGGAGGUACCGAAAAGCCCGCUUGUAAGUCGCCCAGUUCCUGCUAAACCACUUCUCGGGGCUGAAUCGAAAUCUGCCGCAGCAAAGCCGGAAUUGGCGACAAAACCGGAUUUGGCUUCAAAACCAGAAUUGCCAGCAAAACCGAGGUUGUCAACAAAACCGGAUUUGGCAUCAAAACCGCAAUUGCCGGCAAAACCGGAGUUGCGAGUGAAACCAGAGUUGUCAAAUAAACCGGAGUUGCCAAAGAAACCGGUUCUGGCUUCUCCUUCACCGUCUCGCCCAACUCCUCCCAAAUUUGACCCCAAAGCAGGACAGUUCUCAGGUCCCAACCUCGCUUCAGUAAAGUUGGUAUCCAAACAACCAAAUCCUUCAUCGGAGCAAACCACAUCUUCGGAAUCGGUUACUCGCAAAGUGCCAGACACCGAAAGUGGUCAGUUUGAGAAGAGUCCACCUUCUCCUGUGAAGUGGUCGAGAGUCAUUCCUGGUUCAGCGUUCGUGGAAGAGAAGUUUUCUCCCCCCACCAAGCGGCAUGGCGGCAUUGAAGACAUUCCUUUUGCGGAUGAUAGUGAAACUACAAUUACCGGGCCUCCUGAUGUCACCAAAACGUUGGAACCUAGAUCAUCCGGUCCUAUUUUUGUAUCUGUUGGAGAUAGACCAGAGGUUCUGUCCAUGGCUCCUAGUGUUAGCAAAGUGCAGCCGAAGAACGAUCAGGCAGCUGUAGGUCGUCCUGUUUUUGACAAAAGUGCCUUAUAUGAACAGAAAGACGCGAAAGGGACAGAUGAAGCGCUUGAAGUGGGGAGAAGAAGAAAGGAAGCAGAAGAGGUUCGUAGUGGAGAAGAUGGGGAUAACGAGGAGGAAAGUGAAGAGGAGGACGAUGAGGACGAUGGCUCUUAUGAGGAAGAGGAUGAUGAGGAUGAGGAUGAUGAUGACGAUGAAGAAGACGAAGAAGAGGAAGAAAAAGAUGCAUACGUUGGUGGGGAUCCUGUUCGAAGAGUGUCCGACGGGUUCAGAGAAGGAGACAAAGAGAACCCCUUUAACGUUCGCCAAUCAGUUCAGGAGUCGAUCUCCCCGACUGGCGCUCAACCAAAGGCAACUUCCAAUUCUAUGGACAGUUUAGACGAAGUUUUCCCUGUGAAUUCGGCAUCACCUUUGUCUCCUACUGUGUCGUCUGAUAAGGAGUCAUCAUCCACGAGCGCGUCAACCACUGCUAGAGCGUACGUGACAAAAUCGGCUCCAACAACUCCCAAAUCAUUUACCCCAGGCGGCUCGGCUUGGGCUCAUUCCCAGUUCAUCAAACCUGCCCCGGCGAAGCCUCGGUCAAUGAAAGACUUGAAGAAGAAAUACAAACCUUACAAGUCUGUCCUUACACAAGACCCAGGCACUCCUCCUUCACCUAAAGCUGCGCCUUUCCUUCUUCCGGACUCCAUGAUUACGCCUAGCCGAUCCAGAAUCCUGUAUUCCAGGAACAAAUUCCUGAGUGAACAGAAUCUCGACACAGAUUCCUACGCCGGUGAGUUUGCAGCGCAUAAGGAAUCUUUGCUCUCGGCCUCCUCUACCGCUGGGCCUAAUAAGGAGCGCAUGUACACACAGCGUCCUCUGACCAAGCAUUCCGACUACAGAAGUCAGGAACAGCUUCAGAAGCUACAAGCCAUGGCAAAGCUCUCCCGGCGAUCUGAAAGUUCUUUGCAUGACCGCUCCCAUGUUAACUGUUUGCAUGAUGACUGUAUUUUGUCCGAGAAGGGAAAGCGAGAAAUUCUCGAUAAGACCCUGUCUAUUGACAAUUUGCAUGCGGAUUUGUACAAACAUUUGCAGCGCUUCGGUUCAGAGACAGAUGCAGAUGCUAGAGACAUAGGCGAGAGCCACUUUUUCCCAGAGACUGAUAGCGAUAUGUUUGAUUUAACGUUUGCCUUUCAGGAUGACCGCAGCCGAGUGUUAGAUCGCCCAGCCAGCAUGAGUGAGUUACGUCACGCUUCCGACUACACCACCAUCAGUGGUGCCGGCCAUGACGUCUUCGACACGACCUCCAUGACAGGGGGUGGGGCCGGCGGACGAGGUUCCGGAAAAGGACGGUUUGCUGGCCACCGACAGUACAAGAAAUCGAAAAGCUUGUGCACACUGGAGACAAAUUUGGACGAUGAAGUCAAUUUUUCAACGUCUCCGUCGGGCGAGAAUCUUUCUCGUGUCCCGUCUGCCCACGAGCUCCGUAUCAGCAAGUCCCUGCAGAAACUGAACGUCCCGAACUGGUACAAGCAGUCAAGUCUGUCCAAAAGUGGCAGUUGCCUUCUCAAGUACGGCUCUUCAUCCACGAUGUCCUCUUUCCAGUUCUCCCCAAGUCUCAUCUCCUCCCCAUGCACCACACCGUCCUCUUCCUCCAAUGUGGUUAUCAAGACUCGCGUCUUGCCCCCGACCUCUGCCCGCAACUUACGAUCCCCCCGCUAUCCAGCCUCUGCCCCCACCACCCCGUCCUUCUCCUCCCAGCCUAGCCUCAAUAGAGACGGUGCCACUACGCCGUCUAUCAAGCUCCCCAGCGAUAAAAUGCGCUCCAAAGAAAAGUCCAAGUCACUUAUGCCAAUACCGAUAGUGCCCUUCGAUAAAAUCCGUGCCAUGUUUGAGAAGAAGAAAGAAGAGAAAAGGGCGUCAGAGGCAGGCGCUCCUCAAAACGGUUCCUCUCCAGCUUCUCCAACCUCCCCGACACCGAAGACUCCAGUGUCCCCAACUGAGAGAACCGGGCCCUGGAGUCCCACUCGAGUCAACGGUGGCCCAGAACCGGACGAUUACGAAGACGUAGUCGUGCCCAAAGUUGUCGUCUCACCCACAGAACCACACGUUAAGAGCAUUUUGAAAAAGUCUAAUCCAGAGAAAAGGUAUUCAGAUAUCCAAGAGACCCCAGAACCGGAUGAGGACCGUACGAUUAUCAAACCGAUUCCUACUAGACCGCCCGAGUCGACCCCCACCACAACGUUAUCACAGGCGCCGACUGUGAUACGACCCCCGGAGCAGAAGAGACAGGAGCCCUUGGAAUCACCCUUCGCUCAAGUCUCAGAAGCCCCAGUUUUAGCAGCAAGGCCCUCUACUCUUACGUCCAGGGAUGCCCCCAAGCCCACAGAGAGGUACCGUGAAGACACAAGAAUUAUAGAAAAAGAAAAUACCAAACCUAUCGUUCAACAAGACACAGCAAAACCAAUGUCCAGGUCCAAAGAUCAGAAAUCAUCUCCGAAAAAGGCCGAAGCAGAAAGCAAAAGCCCAGCAGCCCCUGUCCCCAAGCCGCGAGGGUUCAGCUUCUUCAAGUCAUUACGGUCAUCUUCGGGCUCAUCUUCGGAUGAUGGUAGCAAUAAGGACAAAGGCAAAAGAUCACCAGCUUCCCCUGUCGGAUCUCUAAGUCCAAACACAAGUUACGAUUCGGCCGACAAAUUCCCCGCAUCUCCAGUCUCACGGGGUGGUGUAUCCCCUACAGGAAAGAAACCAUCUUCACCUCCAACCAUUUUAGUUACUCCUGACGAGCCUAAUAACAGGGGGAAUAGGUUUUUCCAGCAAGAGCCAUCGGUGUUAAUAGAAAAAGCGCCCUCUGUUAAAUUAGAAGAGGCACCUGUUGUCAGACCACCACCACCACAACAAAGUAAACCAGAGGAAAUUGCUCGUCAACAACAACAGCCUGUAGCCAACAGAGAACCUCCUGCUUCAAGAGUAGAAUCUUUCCAACAUGUCCAAGAGACCAAUCUGGACGAUUCUUACGAAGACGUAGCCCCUAUUGUAAGAAAACCCGCUAAAGAUGAGCCUAAAUUACCCGCUAAAAUAGAACCACCAAAACCAGCCCCGGAGCCAGAGAAGAAGAGAUGGUUUCCCAAACCCAAAGGCUGGAAAACGAGUAAAUCUCCGACGUCUCCCUCAGAAUCCUCGGCCAAAUCUCAAGAGAAAGGACCUCCCGCUAAGACGGCCCCUAGAGAGGAGCGACCUAAGGUGUCGGACCUGCAGUCUAAAUUUGAGGUUGGCGAGAUUUCCUAUGAGCCUCGACGCCUCCUAUCUUCCCGCUCUUCGUCCGGACACGACGAUAGUUUCGCUUCAGACAGGUCCGACGACAGAAGUCGGUCGCCUGCUUACCCCCAUGAAGCCAGCAACAGAUCUCUGAACAGGGAUAGCGAGUUCGACCGCUCCCGAGAUUCGUACGGAUCUCGUGCAAGUUACAACCGCCCUAGUAGAGACCUUGGUCGAGAUUUCUCGAAACCAGUUGAAAGGAAAAGCUCUGUCGAAUCAGACAGAAGCUUCAGUCGCGAUCUCGACCGUGUACUUGAAAGAAGCGCUUCUAGAGAUCUCGACAAAAGUAGCGGUCGAUUCGGAAGCAGGGAUCAAGAACCCAGACCAGCACCACGUGACCUCGAUCGCAGCGUGUCUAGGGAUAACGACAGACGAGGCGGAUCCAGAGACACAAGUUUCGACAGAGACGUCCAGCUCCCAAGCAAUUUCGACAGACGAGAACCAACCAGGUCUUCUGCUCCGCGAGACCACAGAGGUCGUCCCGACUACGACGACCGCGAUCCAACUCUCGAGUUCAACCGACGACUCUCGGAUCGUAGAGGUGACCCAAGUGGUGACUUUUUGCCUCCAGACCGAAACCGAGCGAGACGCGGAGAUGAUCUCGACCGAAGCAACGCGUCCACAAGAGGCAGCAGCGUGAGAGGAGGGGACCUCGAUCUCUCCCGAGAUUCCGCACGAAGAACGUCGGGCUCCUUUGAUGAAGUCACACCGAGGUCAAUGACCUACUCACAAGACUCCGACUCGACCUCCAACACCGCAAGAUCUUCAGGAAGAUGGCAGCCUAAACCGCGAGGGAGCCGAGCCUCGGGAGGGCGACCUGGAGAUGAGGUUACCCCGCCCAGAACAGGCGGUACUGGAGCCUACUCCAAAACGUCCCCAGCCGUGGAUUCGAACGGCGCCUCCCCGUCUUCGUCCCCGUACCGUUACCGUGUCCCUGGAAGUGCCUUCAGCGCCUCUAAGCCAAAUACUCAGGCCGGACUUAACACGCCGCCCCCGACAGCCAGACACGACUCCAAGCCCGUCACAUCGUCCGAUGAAGCAACCAAGAAAAGUUUGAGAGAAACAACCGUUUAGUGAACUUCCCCUCACGGCGAGCGCCGAGAAGCGACCGCAAGAACUCUUGACAUCUGCAAACAACCACCACGAGCGCGUGGCCAA